AUGAAGGCCUUGCUUCUCUCAUUAGCCCUGGUGGGGCUCGUCGCCAGUUUAGACCUUGAACCGCUCCUCAACAUGUGCUCUAACCCACCAUCAGAACAGAAAAAGUUGAGCGACAAAAUGACACUUCCAGCAUCAUAUAAGAUUUCUGGAUCAGUUACAGAUUGGAAAGGUCUGAAUACUUAUCUUCUAAUGGAAACAUCCACUAAUGGUUUUCGAGUUCUCGAGAGAAAGAAGGAUGAACAAGUGGACAAAUGGAUUCAGUACUUGAGUGGAGACAAACGCAUUGAGUAUAUUACAAAAGAUGGAGACUGCGAUGAAAAAGCCGCAAAGCCAGAGAUUAUCAAAGUACCACGUUUUGCCAGCAUCAUCGGUAACGAGACAUCUUCCAUUUCCAGUAUUGUGAACGGGAUCUUGGUUUUCAUUGAAAGCAACUCAGGAUAUGCUGUCAAAGAUCAUGUCGAUUUAGUUGGAGGAGUGAAUGCAAUGAAAUGGGUCUCAUGUGUGAACGGAACAAGUGCGAAUGACACAAAGGUUUUGGUAGAAAUUCGUUACGGAGGUGAUGAUUCUAUCGCACCAGCCGUAAAGGGUUUCUCCAACCCAAUUCUACUCUCAAUUCGCCUUGCUGAACUUUCCGAUUUCAACAGCACUGUUCCAAUCAACCAUUGGUCUCUGGAACUUGAUCGUUUCGAGCUUCCUUCUGGAAACGAAGCUAACAUUGCUCAUGGAAUCUAUUGCCAAGGAAGGAACGAAACUGCCAUUACUCUCAAACCGCUGGACGAGUUCGCUGCGAAUCUCAACUUUUUCGAUUACGAAACGAACAAAUCUGAAGUUGUCGAAGUUCUAUAUUCAAAAUCGAACAAAGUGUUCAUUGUUGCUGGUUCCUCAUUCGAUAACGUUAUGAGACAAAAAGUUAAUUAUGAUGGAAAUUUGAAGUAUCCAAAUGAGACAGAUUUCAUUCUCCAUGAUUUCCAGUUUGGAUAUGAGUUUACAAUGAGUCGAGGUGCUUGUGAUAAUUUCACUGGUUUGACUGAAAACACAAACGACGUAAUUGUCGACAACAAUACUGUUCUCAUUAUGAAACCAAUGGAAAAUAUUUUGGUGGAGGAUCGUUUGAGAUGGGUUCCAUACGAAAAUGAUGUUGAUAUGACGGGAACUAGCUUGAGAACGUAUCGCGCAUCCGACGGACUUGAUAACGUUGUGGAGCUUCAUUUAACUCAAGAUGGAGAAGUGCAUUCCAUCAACAAAUUCCGUGCUCGUAAAAUAAUUCAAUCUAUGACUGUGACAAGAAUUCCAAUCGCUUCAUCCGGGUUGAACACGGGUUCUGUUCAAAUCGCGGAUUGCUACGACAAUGGACAGUAUUCGAACAACACGUGGAUUCUACCAAUCAAAGACAAGAAUCUCACUGAUUUGCACAAAGUUGGUUUGCCUCGUUUCAACAAGGCAGUUGUGGAAACAAUCAACAAGAAUGUUGCUCCUGUGAUUCCAUAUCGUGUUGUUGCUUUCUACGUCGAAAACCGAGACGGUGGACUUUCUAUGCUUCUCCGUUUAUCUGAAAAAACUACUGUACAACCAGGAAAUGUUGGAUAUAACUACACCACCGAGUUGACUACUGCCGAAUUGUUCAAUAAGAUGAAUGCCUCGUUAUUUUCGGAGAAAAUGCCGAUUGUUGUAGAGACCAUUACUGGAGCCAAGGAGGAGUGGAUCGCCGAUGCGAGUGCAAUGAAGUCUUUCCCACCAGACACAGACACAGGAUUCCUUGGAUACACCGGUGGUGCGAUGUUCGUUCUUGCCAUUUUCUGUCUUCUGAUUGGUGUUUCAAUUGGAGCUGUUGGAGUGUUUGUCGUCACACGUCGCCAACGUAUUUCUACUCUGGCUUACCAAGUGUUCGAGUAG